UUUUCCGGGCUAUUUACACUUGGCUCAGUUACUGUCGUUGUAAAACGCUGGCUGGACGGGUUGAUUACAUAAUCAAGGGUUCCAUCAUAGAACCCGGGCGACGGUGAUCCAGUUGCAAAUGGCGUCUUCUAUAUAAAAAGAUAAGUUGAUAAGUGUGGUUUGUUUUUGUGGCAUAAAUACAGAAAGAAGUAAUAUUGGUGUCGGAAGUUGACCACAGCGUUCACACGUGACGUGUAAAGAGGUGUCGAAUGAACUAAAAAGAAAUAAUACAAAACACGUGGUAAAUUUUUAAAGAUAAAUAACGAUAAAUUAUCAUUUUUCUUCUCAAGAAAGUAACAAUUCUGUAAAGUCCGUCACAAAUAAGACGGAAAAAGUAAUCUUACAAAACCGGAUUAAUCCUUAUAAUUUCUGUGUUGUUACAAAAUACGCAAGGGAAAAUAAAUCAGUUUGUAACCACUGUGAUAUAGUCCUAUGUUACGAUUUUAUUUACUUGGUUUGUUGGUUGUUUGGGAUAUACACUCAAGGCUACAGAGUUGGGUUGCGUGUGCUAGUUAUCCCUAAUUUUCAACUGACAGACUAGAGUGAAUACAGCUAGUCAGCUCCACUCACUUCUAACGUGAGAUUUGACUGUUAUAUUUAUAACGUACUCACGGGCCCAAAGCGCAAUUCUGAGGCAACGGAACGCGAACCAUGGAUCUUCGAAUCCACAGACCGGUACGCUAACAAGUGACCACGCCCGUUCCUUUUACGACUUUAAGCAACAUCACUCGUUUUCUUCGAAAUGCGAAGAUAAUUAGUACGCUGUUGAUGCAUAAAACUGCUGUAGCCAAUUUAAAAAUACGUCGAAGACUGUUUUAGUACGGUGCUGGCUAACUUAAAAAUGCUACUUUUUAAUGUUUCGUUUUGCGCGUAUGACAACACAGAAACUUCGUAGCACGUGACAGCACUUUCAGAUCAAUCGCUUGCCUUUCGCUAUAUAAGGAAAUGACACACACAUUUCGAUAAGUUUAAGUCAAGUGAGCGGAUCGAUACUUUGGCUCGAAACUGAAUCCAACACGGGGCUGACAAGGCCGUUCCACUCAGAUUCCCUUUCCAACCGUCGUGUAGACGAGUUGCGUUGAAAGUAACGCCGCAGAGCAGAAGCGGGAAAGUAGAACAUAUGCGCUUAGCAAGUAUUGCAUAACGCGCUAGCGAACACCAGUCGUCGGACUUUCGGGCCUGAGAGUCCAGAUAGCAGAGCUUUACGUGGUCCGAUUGUGGUCCCGAUUUCAUCUUGCAGUAAGCCUACUAAUGAACUUCAGAUACAGCUGCGAAAUAUUUUAUCUCUGUUACAUGAUCAAAGCUUUCUGUUUAGAAACUACUUGGACUUCACAUUGUUGUACUCAUAACAGCCUUGUUUCCCCUCGUCAUCGCAAGGGAUACUUGUAGUAGUUGUAAUUGUUCAUCAGAUCUUCGUUGUUGUUUUUUGUGUGUCCCAUCUUUUUCUUGCCAGUUUUGUCGAAGUUGUAUUCCACCUUAUAAUUAUCGUUACGUCCAUCCACAUAAACGUUUGUUAUUGUGCACUAAUCAGUGUGGAUUUCAGUGUUUUGAUAUUAACAACACAACUCUGCUGAUUAACUACGUUCUGCGUCUGUUCAUCGGAGCUUUUCACUGUUUACAGGUUCUGAUACCAUCAUGAUGCUGACAGAGAACGAGCCUUUAUCCAAACAACCUCGUCUCCAGGAGCCACUCCCACCUCUUCUUCAAGGAGAGCCGCCCCCAGUUACCGUCCCUGAGUCUUCUCCUGGCCAUUUCUCUAGUCAAAAUGACCCCUGGACACAGCAGCUCAAUGGACCGGUAGAUUUAACAGCUCAUUUGAAGCCUCAAGAGAUAUUCCCAGGGAGGAAACAACGCGAGUUCAUCCCGGACUUCAAGAAAGAUUACAAUUACUGGGAUAGACGACGAAGGAAUAACGAAGCAGCUAAAAGGUCACGUCAAAAACGUCGGCUAAAUGACCUAGUGCUGGAAACCAAAGUCUUGGAGCUGACCAAAGAGAAUGCCAUCCUUAGAGCCGAGUUAGGAGCCAUUAAAGACAAGUAUAGUAUUUCACCACAGCCUAUGGUCAGUCCAGAUCAAGUCCAACUGCCCUUUCCCUCUGUGUGUCCGGAGCUACAUGGACGACGUUCCAAGUUAGUGUCCAGUAUAAUCCCGAGUAUUUGCCCUCCAAUAGGCAAUACCACCACUCUCUACACUCACGUUCAAGGUACGUCCAGCUCAACCUCUUCCCUUAUGUCAGCUAGUGGUCAGCUUUAUCCCCACCCAUCCACGGUUAACCAAGUGGUAAAUAAUAGUGAUAGUGACUACUCCACUAACAGCGACAUCAGUCUGUCGUCUCUUCAACCGAACACGAACCACGGGGUGAAAAUCGGUAACUGUCAAACGCUCGAACAAACAUUGUUCAAUGCUCCUGCCGCAGCGAGGUGUUCUCCUGUCGACCAAGAGUUCACGGGAUCUUCGAGCUCUUGGUCAUCAACAGAAAACAGUCCUCAAACAAGUGCAAGCGGGCAAUCCAGUCCUCAUUUCUCCCUACCCCUCAAGCUGAGACACAAGAUUCAUCUCGGUGAACGAGAGAGCCGCCAAAACACACCUAGUCCAACGGACAGUGGCCGCAGCAGCAGGCAGGACAGCAACAGCGUUCGAGAAGACGCCUCCUCAGCCUCCUCUGACGGAGACAGUACUGGUAGUCACGAUAAUUCCUCCUCAAUCAGUCUCAUUUCCGCCGAUAGAAAACACCGAUCUCAGCCACGGUCUUCUCACAAAGCGCCGCCACAUGAACGCAAUUUGCUACAGGCCGAAAACUCUCAGCUUCGCGGCGAACUCCAGAGAUUAGCGUCCGAAGUAGCCAACUUACGGAACAUGAUGCUUUAUAAUCGCAAACACACGGGGCUCGAUGACCUACGUUCGGCUGAAAAGAACAACUUUACGUGUCAAGAUAAUCACAAUGAUCAGUUUUGAUGUUCGACGUGUGGUUAAUUUGUGCCAAAGGUGAAAAAAACUCCUCUCUGUCCGAUUGUCACGUGCUACGUUCUCCUCUGAUUGGCUGUUUUCCCUUUGCACAUUUAUCAACAUGUAACCAUUUAAAGUAUAUUCACAUUCUUCCAUAUUUUGUACAGCUUUUAAUAAUUUGUUUACUAUGGAAAGUGUACAUAAAAUAGGUAUAAAAUAUCAUAUACAACUGCCACAGUAGCUUUUAUUGACAGAUACAAAAACACGUCAUUCCAGAGUUUGUAUUUCCAUACAAUUCAAAGUAUCGUUUUUAUCUAAAAACACCACUUUUGUAAAAUUCAUUAUGUUGUUCUAAGUGUGACAGAAGAAAUAUACAUUACAAUAUUUUAUGAAGAAAAAAAUUAUAGAAUAAAAAAAUUAACUUCCGAAAUGCUGUAUAAUUAAGAAAUUCUUUGAUAUUUGAAAACUUUUAUGGUACGUGUUAAAACACUGGUAUAAUUGUGUAAUGACCGAAACAGAAAGUUACAGAGCUAAGCCAACUGUGCAGUUGAUGUUAUUAUAUAUGUAAGGUGUUUAAGUGUGUUAAAUAAAUCUGGUUAAAAUUUUAC